UUCCAUACAGCACAGGAAAUUCAGACAAGAAACUAUUAAAAUUUGAACAGUCCAGGUUAGGACUGUCAAAUCGUGGAGUGGCUGAUGGUCAAGCAUCAUUAGCUGUACGCCUGGAAGUCCUCCAAAAAUAAUUACCGGAAAUGAAGAUCUAGGGAAAUGUUGUAGGUCAUCUGGAUGUCAUCAUGGCAACCUCCAACCUAGAGAACCAAUUGCACAGCGCCCAGAAGAACCUAUUAUUUCUUCAGCGGGAACACGCCAACACACUGAAGGGUCUGCAUGCGGAGAUCAGAAGACUGCAGCAGCACUGUACCGAUUUAACAUAUGAGCUUACGCUAAAAAGUUCCGACCCAACAGGAGAUGGAAAUUCAAGGAGCAAUGAGCUGAAAAGGAAAUGCGAAGAACUGGAAGCUCAACUGAAAGUCAAAGAAGAUGAAAAUAACGAAUUACUAAGAGAACUAGAGCAGAAAAAUGCUAUGAUUAUGGUGCUGGAAAACACCAUCAAAGAGAGAGAAAAGAAAUAUUUGGAAGAAUUAAAAAUGAAAAGCCAUAAGCUCAAUGUGCUCUCGAGCGAGCUGGAGCAGCGGGCGAGUACGAUCGCCUACCUGACGGCCCAGUUGCACGCGACCAAGAAAAAGCUUUUGAGUUCGAGCGGGACUUCGGACGCCACUCCCUCCGGCAGCCCCGUGCUGUCCAGCUACAAGCCAGCUCCCCCCAAAGACAAGCUCCCGGAGACCCCGAGGCGCCGCAUGAAAAAGAGCCUCUCGGCCCCGCUCAACCCGGAGUUCGAGGAGGUAUACAGAUUCGGGGUCGACAGCCGGAAGCUACUCUUGCGUGAGCCCGUGGAUGCCAUGCCCGACCCCACGCCCUUCUUACUGGCCCGGGAGUCGGCCGAGAUGCACCUCAAAGAGAGGCCUCUGGUCAUCCCGCCCAUCGCCUCCGACCGGCCCGCGGGCGGCCAGCACAGUCCGGCCCGGGAAAAGUCGCACAAGGCGCAUGUGGGCGUGGCCCACCGGAUCCACCACACCGCCGCGCCCCCCCAGGCGCCGCCCGAGUUGGAGACGCUGGCCGUGGACCAGCUGCACGCGAGCAAAGUGGUCCGGAAGCACUCGGGGCCCGACCGAACGGUUUAAGAGCAAACGGCCAUGGCCCGGGUCCGACUGCCGUCCGUGCCUGGGGCCCCGACCCGAAGAUCACCCCCCCGCCCUCCUUGCCCCGAAGCUGCCGCGUCCUUUUCCAUCCCUGUGUGCAUGCCAAAAUUUUUUCACACAUUUUUCCCGUUGAUAAAUUAUUCUCCUCCCCGCCCUCCCUGCCGCAACCAAACUAGAGUUGUGUUCCUCUUGCAGAAUAUGUAUUUAAAGCUGUGGCCAAAUACCCGUGUACCGGACUGCUUGCUUCUAACCUUACUCCGUUUAACCCAGGUGCACACGUGGACGAAAGCACAGGCCGCAGGCUGCAUUAUAGUCGAUAUUAAUAAAACCAGAUAUCCACCCGCCUGAUGAUAAA